AUGACCGGCGGCGGCGCGGCGAUUUUCCGAACGGGCGCGGGUUUAGGUCGCGGCGACGGGGUUGCGCGGCGAGGGGAGUCGGGGGAGACCACGACCUUGGGUCGCGACGCGUUCGCGGCCUUGAGUUGUUUCGGCGCCGUGGACGGUUCCACAGCGCGGGCGCGUUUCUUUCCGCGCGCGACGUUCGUGAACCCAUCGGAGGUUCCGGGUUCUGGGCUCGCGGCGGACUCGAACUCCAUUUCCGACUCGGUGUCGGAGCCGGAGCCGGCGGCCCCGGAGGACGCGAUAGAUACAGCGGGCGCGGGGGUGGGGGAUGGAAAGCGGUGA